UUUGGAAAUUUUGAAGGCAUGUGUUCAAACAUUGACUCAAGCUCGCGUCUCGUAAGGACAGGAACCUGAGUGGGCAUCUUACCUAUUGGAAUGCUCGCUCUUGAAGGCCCCUACAAUUAUGUAGCUUUUAUGUACUGUUCACAGAAAUCACGAUUGAUGCGAUAGACAUGUGACAAGUGCCUUCUGGAUUUGUAUGUGCCUCUGAAAUCACUGCAAGGGCUAGAACACUAGUGGAAUUCAUGAACACGUGCAUUCUACACCCAACAUCAGUAUACAUUCACAUUAAGGAAGUUAAUGGUCACUCAAGUACAUUUGAAGGACGGCACGCUGAGAGGAGGUUGAAGGACUUAAGAUGGCUGUUAGGACACUGCCAUGAAAUUAAUGUCGGAACACUAAAUGAAUACAAUCUGCGUUCAUGCCUCGCCAACUUUGACGAGAUCAUCACUAAACUCUCAUUAGCAUCGAAAUGCCGGAAGAGAACGAGAUGGGUGGUGUAUCUCUAUCACGUCAAAAGACAAUUUACUUACCAACAACAAUCUGGAAGUCAUGAUUUGGCUCGGCCAUGGCUUGUCUGAAAGAUGUGUAAGGGGAUCACUUGAAAAGUGAGACAUCCACUUACAGAGCAGCAGGAUCAAGGAUGCUUGCAUCGGCAACAGCAGCAGAGUUCCUUCCUUCGGUCGGAACGAACGUGUGAUAAAAGAGCAGUUGCAGAUGCUCGUAUCCUGCAGUUGUAAACCCACUUGUUGUCAGUAUGAGUCACAUAAUCUGACUAUCGAGAUUGAAGCCAGAGGAGUUUCGUAAGAGGAACCAGCGUCGACUCCUUAUGGGGCUGGAGAAGACACCUAUGUGGUGUACCUUUGUGGUGUGCAGUUCAGUUGGCGGACCAGAACUUACCACAGCGUAGAGCAGUAUAAUUGAUGUCACCAGCUACUUGGUCUUGGAACUUUUUUUCAACCUCUUGAAUCAUACAAACGCUGUCGGUAGAGACUUUCCGAUAUAACAACAUAUCAGCAGUUAUUGAAGGUUCAUCAAGAACAAACAAUUUACUUGUUUUUGUUUUUCUUGAUUGACCUCCAAUCUGGUGUAAAUAUAUCGAUGAAGUAAUUUAGAAUACCAACAAUUCUUUUAUUUCAUCAUAUUUUUUGAAGAGUUUAACAUAAUU